AUGGACUUGGAAACCGAUACCACUCUCAAGCCCACCGAUCAGGAUACCCAAGAUGCAUUUGACCUGGCGGAAUUUGGGCACGGCCAGAGCCUUGAGCGGAAGUUCAACAUCUGGAGCAUGCUAGCGUUGGCUUUCUGCGUUCUGGGAACAUGGUCAACAUUUGCACAGGAUCUUUCGGAUGGUCUCAUCAAUGGUGGCCCAAUCUCGAUUCUAUGGGGUCUGGCCCUGGUGGCAUUCUGCAACACAUGCGUGGCUCUUUCGUUGGGAGAGAUUUGCAGUAGUAUGCCCACCGCACUAGGUCAGGCAUACUGGAUCUAUCGCCUCUGGGAUACUCCUUUGGGGAGAUUCGUAUCCUAUAUCUGUGCCUGGAUUAAUGUCUUUGGCUGGUGGACUCUUGCUGCCUCGCAGGUUGCUUUCAUGACCAAUUUCAUCCUGGGGAUGAAGGUCAUGUUCGAUGUUGAGUGGACUGGUGCAUCGACAGGAUGGUUGAACUUCGUUGUUUAUAUCGGCUGCGUUUUUGCGCUCACAUUAAUCAAUGUUGUUGGCUGUCGACGAGAAAAAUUCCUACCCUGGUUGAACAACUUUGUUGGAGUGUGGUUCUUCGGACUAUUCUUUGUCUUUUCCCUUGCUCUCCUGAUCUCUGUUGGAACCAAAUCAGAUCUGUCUUACCAACCAGCAUCAUUCGUCUUUGGCAAAUGGAUCAACCAGACUGGGUGGCCGGAUGGAGUAGUCUGGUUCAUUGGCUUAGUGCAAGCCGCCUACGGUCUCACAGCUUUCGAUGCCGUGAUUCACAUGGUAGAGGAAAUCCCUGCGCCUCGCAAGAAUGCCCCGAAAGUGAUAUACUUCGCAGUCCUCUCGGGCGCAGUCAGCGGUUUUAUCCUGAUGAUGGUGUGUCUUUUCUGCAUUCAAAAGGUGAAAACCGUCAUCGACUCUCCGAGCGGCCUUCCAUUCAUGGAACUUGUUCAAGAAACUGUCGGAAGAGAUGGAGCGGCUGUGCUCAUCGCUCUCUUUAUCUGCAACGGUCUCGGUCAGGGUAUCAGUAUCCUGACCACCGCAUCUCGCCUGACCUGGGGCUUCGCUCGCGACGGCGGACUGCCAUUUAGUCGAUACCUAUCCCACGUCGACCCAACCUGGAAAGCCCCAGUUCGAGCUCUGUGGUUCCAAGGUGGUCUAAUCGCCCUGGUCGGCGUGCUGUUUCUCUUCGCCGAGACAGUCCUAAACGCCAUCCUUAGUGUCAGCACCAUCGCACUGACAAUCUCAUAUGGUCUUCCUAUUGCGGUCGUCCUCAUGGUGGGACGUGACAAACUUCCCCCAGGAGGACAAUUUCACUUGGGAAGAUUUGGUACCCCUGCCAACUGGGUUAGCAUCAUCUACUGUUGCAUUACCACUGUGUUUUUCUUCUUCCCAAGCUUGCCAAAUCCGUCUGGGGGCGAGAUGAACUACGCAAUUGGCGUCUUUGGUGUCAUGCUUGUCAUUUCGAUUUCCUUCUGGUUCAUCCAAGGAAGUCGUACUUAUCUCAAUACGGAGGAAUCGUUGACGCAUGUUAUUCAAGCGCAGGAGGCAAUCGCCAUGGAGGUCCCCGCGUCUGCGCCAACGAAGAAGGAUUGA